AUGCUGAAUAUACAAAAUUAUGGUAGCAGCUCAGACGACGAUGCUGACGACAAUUCGGACAACAGUAAACAAUACAGUAAUGAAAACUUGUUGACUCAUUUAAAACCUGUAGAUCCAAAUUUAUCUUUAGCAAAGAAGAUGCAAAUCUGUGCUGCUCCAAUUGUGACGCCUACGAAUAAUGAUGAUACAAGAGUACUUAUUUCAAACAAUCAAGAACUUAUGCACAAUCCAAAAUUUGAAGAACUAUUUGCCCCCACUUAUGGACCAGAAAACCCGUUUCAAACACAACAAAUGAAGGCAAAUAGAAAUAUGUUGUCUGGUUAUGUAGAGAAAGCUCAUAUCAGUGAAUUCCAGUUUGAGAAUCAAAGACGAACAUUUGCAAGUUAUGGUUAUGCUGUUGAUCCAUCAACAGAUGGCGAUACUGGAAAUGGGGAUGCUAUCGUUGUUUCAGCAAUGGUGGCCCCACCUGUAGAGGCAGAGGGUAAGACAGUAUUUGAGACAAUAAAGAAAAGGCCAUUGGAUAAUCGGAAAAGAAAUAAAAAUGAUGACCCUGAAGAUAUAAAUGGAUUUCUUGGGCCUUGGGGAGGAUAUGUAGGGGAACAGAGGGUAAUGAAGCCCGAAGGUGAUGAAGCAAAGGAAUUGGAAGAGAUAUUGGCAAAAAGACAGAAAAAGGGCAAAGUGGAUGAUGACAAACCAUUGGAGGAGAAAUCUGUGUUCCAUUUGGAUAAAGAAACGGAUUACCAAGGCCGAUCUUGGCUGGAGGCUCCGAGAAGCGAGACUCAGUUGCGUAGUGAUACACCACCAGACAAAUGCUUCUUGCCUAAGGCUCACAUCCAUACAUGGAAGGGCCACACCAAAGGCGUGGCUUGUGUGCGCUGGUUCCCCAGCACUGCGCAUCUCAUGUUGUCUGCCGGCAUGGACUGCAGGGUCAAGAUAUGGGAAGUGUACGGUGAUCGGCGUUGCGUCCGGACAUACUUCGGACAUAGACAAGCUGUCAGAGACGUUAACUUCAACAAUGCGGGUGAUAAAUUUCUUUCUGCUGCGUACGACCGCUACAUAAAGCUGUGGGACACGGAGAGCGGGUCGUGCGUGUCGCGCUUCACGUCGCGCAAGGUGGCCUACUGCGUCAAGUUCCACCCGGACCACGACAAGCAGCACCUGUUCGUGGCCGGCACCUCCGACAAGAAGAUCGUCUGCUGGGACGUGAGGAGUGGUGAGAUCGUGCAGGAGUACGACAGGCAUUUGGGGGCGGUCAACACGAUCACCUUUGUCGAUGAGAACAGGAGAUUCGUGACAACGUCAGACGACAAGAGUCUCAGGGUUUGGGAGUGGGAUAUCCCGGUGGACAUGAAGUACAUCGCGGAGCCGUCGAUGCACUCGCUACCGGCCGUCACCGCGGCUCCCAACGGCAAGUGGCUCGCCUGCCAGUCCAUGGACAACAAGGUGCUGGUGUUCAGCGCGCUCAACCGCUUCAAGCUGAACCGCAAGAAGACGUUCACGGGACACAUGGUCGCCGGGUACGCCUGCUCGCUCGACUUCUCGCCGGAUAUGAGUUAUCUUGUGUCGGGUGAUGCAGAUGGUAAAUGCUACAUAUGGGAUUGGAAAACUACGAAACUCUACAAAAAGUGGAAAGCCCAUGACGGAGUCUGCAUAACGGCACUGUGGCACCCACACGAGCCCAGUAAACUGCUCACAGCGGGCUGGGAUGGCGUUAUCAAAUAUUGGGAUUAA